ACCAUGGCUUCUGUACACUAUUCUGUUAGGUUUCUCGGUCAAUGUGAUAAACAAAAAUUCAUAUUAAUGUUUUCGUGUUCGAUAGCAACAAGAUCUUUGCUCGACACUCGUGGUCUGUCAAACUAGCUCGACUCUGAGGCCUCUAAGAAGAGAGAGAGAGCUUGGCGCUAAUUGCCACCGGUAGCUGAGUGAACGGCAGGGCGCACGGAAGUGCCUGAAAUUGAUUAGUCCCGUGGAAUGCCGGGAAACCAUUAUUAUCUAUGUAAAUAAGAUGCUGGGGCGCAACUUUCAUUUCCCCUAGUGUGAGUAUUUACAACAAUAUGGCUGCUGUACUUCAAAACGGGAUCGUAGGUGAGCUGAACGUCGGAGGGCACGGAGGAAUAGCGACGACGAUUCCAAUGAAGGACCAAGAUGCCAUUAAACUGUUCGUUGGACAAAUACCUCGGAAUCUGGAGGAAAAGGAUCUUAGACCCAUAUUCGAAGAAUUUGGACAAAUUUACGAAUUGACCGUGUUAAAGGACCGUUUCACCGGAAUGCAUAAAGGGUGUGCAUUUCUCACAUACUCCAGUCGCGACAGCGCCGUAAAAGCGCAGCAGGCUCUUCAUGAAAAGAAGACUCUACCAGGGAUGAACAGGCCAAUACAAGUCAAACCAGCUGACAGCGAGAGUCGAGCAGAAAAAGCCAUGGCAUCUGGCUGGGAUCAGGGGCCUGCAUCUCAAGUCUUACGUCGAGAAGACAGAAAACUGUUUGUGGGUAUGCUCAACAAGCAGCAGGUUGAAGAAGACGUUCGUCAGUUGUUCCAGCCCUUUGGGACGAUAGAAGAGUGCACCAUUUUGAGAGACCAGAACGGAAAUAGUAAAGGUUGUGCGUUUGUGAAAUUUGCAUCCCACUCAGAAGCUCAGACAGCUAUCAACGCCUUACACGGGAGUCAGACAAUGCCAGGUGCUUCCUCAAGCCUGGUUGUUAAAUUCGCUGACACGGAGAAGGAGCGUCAACUUCGUCGCAUGCAGCAAAUGGCGGGACCACUUGGGUUGUUGUCUCCAUUUGCUCUGUCACAGAUCGGGGCUUAUGGAGCCUAUGCUCAGGUGUCGCGCGAGUCCUCGCCCGUUGCUGAUCACAUGACAGUUUAUUGCCAACGACCGCAAGCAUCUUCCCUGGCCUCGCAGCAGUUGAUGCAGCAGCAGGCUGCUAUAAUGGCUGCAGCGGCUGCACAAGGAACCUAUCUGACAAGCCCCGUCAACGUCCUGGCCACACAGAUGCAGCAGAUCGGAGGUCUGGCCACACCCAAUGGCAUUGCCACUGCGGCCAUUACCCCUACAACUGCCACACUAGCUAAUGGUGAGAUUGGCUCUGCCACCCCUGCGCUGAACGGUGGUCCCCCCAGCGUAUUGUCUCCUACAGCCAUGGCGAGCUUCCCUGUACCCCAGACAAAUGGACAGGGACCAGAGGUGUACACAAACGGCAUUGCACACUAUCCAGCUGCAGCUGCUCAAGCCAUGACCAAUGGCGACCCCCUCCAACAGUACGCCACCAUACAACCCUACGCGGGAAUCGCUGCGUACCCUGCGGUCUACGGACAGUUCCAACAGGCGCUCACUCAGCAGGCUGCCACCCUCAUACCCACAGCUCAAAAAGAAGGGCCGGAGGGCUGCAAUCUCUUCAUCUAUCACCUGCCUCAGGAAUUCGGAGAUGCUGAGCUUGCCCAGAUGUUCAUGCCGUUCGGGGGAGUCAUCAGCGCCAAAGUUUACGUGGACAGAGCUACGAACCAGAGUAAAUGCUUUGGAUUUGUCAGCUUUGACAACCCCAGCAGUGCUCAAGCUGCCAUCCAGGCAAUGAAUGGAUUCCAGAUCGGGAUGAAGCGCCUGAAAGUUCAACUGAAGAGACCAAAGGAUGCUAACAGACCCUACUAAUACAAAGUGCUAAAUGGGCCCAGACUAGGGGACCACAAAUGCCAAAAAAAUUGGACAUUGACCUUGACCUUUGAAAGCGGAGUUACAGUGUUUGACACGUAAAACUGCUAAUGGAGGACGAUGAAGAGAACAAUAUUCAUUUCAUAUUAUAGCAUGUCCGAUUCCAGACUGAAUAUGAUACGAACAAUAUCCCACCUAUAAACUAGGUCACAUUGUGUAAUUCAUGAUAUAACAUUAUAUCAAGACAGUGACUGAGUAUAUUAUGAAAAAAUGAACUAUUUCCGUAUAUUGUACUUUGAAUAGCUUUAAGUGCCAUCAACUAUGUCUACUGUGCUAGUUUGCACAGAGUACCGUUAGCAACAUCCUAUAUUCAACUAACUAUCUGUAGAGUCUUCAUUUGAAUGUGUGGUAUGAAAACUUGUUAUGAACAGAGACCUAGAAAUGAUAUGCUUCUUUGUCACCUUCGACCUCUUCGUCAUAAACAUUCCAAAUUUGAUUCAGAGGGUGUGCUGAACAUGUUGAUGUUGUGCUGAUCAUGUUUCAUAGUUUAUUGCUCAAACUAUAGGAAUUUCUUGACAGUAGUACUGUUCUGGUGUGGCUUAAGAUGGAACUAUGUCCAUCAUCAAGAGUCUAACAAAAGGCAUUCUGUCUGAGCCAAAUUAAGCAGGCUGCCUUUGUAUAAAGGAUUUUUCCAUUAAAUGUCAAACUUGAUACUGAAAUACCAAAGAUAUUUUAUUCAUUUUUGUUCUUGUCGUCUAGUGUAGAAUUCGGUGUGUUUGUUGCUCAUCCCAACCCUUACCAAGGUCAGGUUGAAGGUCACAAGGGAGCAUUCAUUUUUGUAAUCAAAAUCAGACAGUUGAGCAUUCCUGUGUACAAAUUCAUAAUUUUCUAUUUCUCUAUAGCCGAUGUGUCAGUGUACUACAGUCACUCAUAGUAACAAGCAUGAUUGUUUAACUCGUCUCAUGUAAACCUUGGUUUUGUUUUGAGAUGUCAAAUGGUCCUUUUAUUUAAGUCCAUUUAGAAGUUGUUGGAAAUUUUAAACUACUGUUGGAUGAAAUUGUUUAUUAUUGUUUGACAUUUUCAGUUGAUGGACGUAAUGUCAUCCAGCAUCCUCAUUUGUUAACUGGAAGCUCAUUUUGAUUUUCUACCAUGAUAUAUACUUGUGAUUAAUUCAGUGAAAAUUGACCAAUGGAAAGUGUCGUUGUAGACAAGAUACAGUUCGUACUAUGUAACAUCGUCACCGAUUGGUCACAAUUGUUGCUUGUUGAACCAAUGACCGUUUUCAUCACAGUUGUGAACUGUUAAGUUGUUAUCAGUGUCACUGAGAUUUGUAAAAUUUAAUGGAUUGGUUAAUUUAUUUCAACUCAUUGCAUAGUGAUUAUUAUUACCCGUUCCUUUUAUGUAUUUGUAGGGUGGAAAUGUGUUACCCCCUGAAUAUUUGAUAUUGAAAUUGAGCUCGUGAUGUAUAUUUUGAAUAGACGGGUGAAUUAUCAGGAGAGAAAAUCAAAACUUUGUUCACACAACAAAAAGUCAAUCGAUCACUUUAGACUUCAUCCAAACCUAAGGGUUUUAAAAGGUAUUCUGAACUUAUUUUGCUUAGUAGAGGCAUCAUCAAAAUAAUUUGUCUUUUUUUUUGGUCGGAAAAUCGUUCAUGACCUUGACCUUUGAUUUUCUCUCGCACCCACUCUCAUGAAUCUAUUACCGACAUUGUUGACAUCAAGUUUCCUACGGUGAUUCUUGAGUUCCCUAACACUAACACAUUGUUUUUACAUGUUAUGAUGUCUGGAGAUAAUUAUGACCUCCAAUAUUGAACAAAUGACCUUUGAUAAUCAAAUGAUUAUGAAUAUAUUUAAAGAGAUGGGACAAGAUGAAGGGAUCUCACAAAUGUUAAAGAACUUUUUCCUUGAACUCUUCAAGGUUCUUCAUAGAGUCUGUCUGGCUUGUAUAUUCUGCUGAAUGUACGUAUGCCUAUGGGAUUGGUGCAAGGUGCGAUUUUCUUUCCCCAUCUCUUUAAAUAAUGCUUUGUGUACAGGCCAUGGUGGCUACGUUUAUUUUUUCUUAAAUUAGAUAUUUUAGCCUAAGAUAUUUAAAGUAUGACAUGUACAGAGUAGUGUAGAAGACUUUCACGUUGGUCAACACUGUGGAAUUUUCAAUGAUCCAACUAUUUAUUAUUAUGUAGUUAUUUAUUGAUAGUUUUUGAAUUUUAUCAUGUUUAAUUUAUUGAAGUUUUGCCGAGAGCUGUCAUGACAAAUUGUUUAUAGCGGUGUAGCUUAUAUCAUUCACAAUGCAUAUCCUUUACUGUUAAUGUGCGAUUGGUUAUCUUCAUUAGGAAGUCCAUUGCUGUAUCUUGAUCAUAUCAGUUUGUUUAUGAUUUCUGUAUCAUACUGGACUGUGUUCAGUAUUUUUGAGACAUUCUACAUUUUCAACUUAACGAUGGAGAACACGUGCAAUAUGUAUCUUUCAUAUCAUUUUACCUCAAGUAUAUAGUUUUCGACCAUUUUUGUGUUCAGAAAAUCAUAGUUUUUAAAGUUUUGUUUUGUGAAAGGUAUAUCAAAAUUGUUAUUCAUUUAGCUUGAAUCAAAGACUUUUUCAUGAUAGUUAGCUAUGAUGUAUAUAUAUAUUGGAGUAAAGUAGAAAUGUUUACCAUGGAAACGAUGAAAUGUUCACAGUUUCAUUGACAUUUUCUCUUUAAUUGUACAAGUGCUACCGACUUCCAUUACUCCUUUGGUUUGGAAGAAGAUUACGGUCACAAUUGAUGUCUGUUUUUAUUAAUUCUAAAUAUUCUUUUUUAAUUCUUAAAAUUUUAUUUCAAUUCUUAAAAUUGGUUUUGAUUUGCAUUUUUUGUCUAAAAUGUGGAUUUUUAAAUUUAUUACUUAAUGUUCAAUUUAGUUUCAUUAUAUGAAUGAAAUACAAUAGAAAUCAUUUCAAGUUGAAACUUUAGGUAAGCAGAGAGAUACCUCAUGAUUAGCCAUGAAAAUCUAGUCAACAUUUUUUGUUGAGAUAUGAUGUGCAAUAUUGGUGUUGUAACAUGACAGGACGAAUAGAAAUCUCAGAGUAGCCUACUGGAAAAUAAUUUGUGCCAUGUUGUGAAUGAAAAGACAUUUUAUCUGGACUAAACGCCUAUUUGGACUUUGAUUUUAAUCCAAAAACUUCAGUAAAAAGGAUUCCAAAACACUAAAAGAAAAAAACAUAUUAAACUUUGGUCCAGAUUAUUUGGGUUCAAUUAUUUUAUAUUUUUGAUGUUUGUUUCAUCUGGAUCUCAUGAGGGUCACAGUUUAAUUUUAAUUUUCGUUCGUUUGAGAUGUGUGCUCAGCGUUGGACAGUCUACUGUUCAUUAUUUAUUGUUUUUGUUUUUUUUCUUUUGACAAAUGAUAAUCGUAAUCCACAGAUUUUGCACUUAUGAUAAUGCACAGUAGCGUAGUUUUGCACGUAGUUAUAGUAGUUGAUGACGAUACCCAUAGAUUAAUUAUAUCUUAUAGAUGAAGAGUUAUAUAAUUUUUGCAAACAAAUUAUGAAAUGCUCAAUUAACAUCAUUUUGCAUAAGAAAUUGGUGUAUAAUAUUCAUUAUUGUGGAAUUUCCGGAUUUGGACCAAUUCGAAGAGCUGUUUGAUGUUUUGGUUUGUUGUUGCAACAGUUCUUGCAGGCGAUUGGUCAAUUCUGGGACUUCCUCUGGACAACUGUUGGACACGAGUAACAAAUAGUACUGUCACGUGAUUUGUAUAUAUAUGGUGGGACUUCAUCAUUUGGUCGGAUAUAUACCAGUGCAACAGAGGAAUGAGUUUUAUGUCAAAUUUUUGAUAAGGAAGAUCUAUUUUUAUAAGAUCCUAUUUUUUCAAGCAAGAUUCUUUGACAAGUUAUCGCUGUUCGUAACCAUGGAGUUGUCUUACUUUCUUGACUUCAGUUUGAUACACACUUAUUCGGCUUUCAUGCCGUUUUUUCCACUAGAUGUUGUGUUGAAAUUUGUGUGGACGUUAAGGAGGAUUGACGUAUACAUAUACGUAUAUACAUACCUUGUUAUAUCACCAACUUAAGCCGUUGUCAUUUUGUGAACGUAAUUGUAGUAGUUAUAUCGCAUACGCCGUGACGCGCUCAGCGGGCAAACAGGCUGGCCUUCUUGAGAGUUGUCUCCCUUUCCUCCGACAAUCACUUCAGUCAGACAGGUGACGCUUCGGCGCCGCUGUUGCCACGGCAACUACACUGAUUUACUUCUUUGUGUCAAACUCUGGAGAUUGCUUGUGCCGCGGUUCCGUUUCCCUGCUGACCGCUCUCGUCUGUGGUCAACACUGUGUGCCGGUCACAUGACCCAGUGAGUGGUUUCCCAAAAUAUUUUGUCCGUUUCUGACAGUUGUCCAGGUGUCCCCAGCCCCAUUAGAGCAUAAGCACGAAAUAUUUUACCUCAGAUGAUGAAUAACUAUAUAUAGAUAAUUACGAAGAAGCGACUGUAGCUGGAAGGCUGUCUAGUGCCCAGUGCAUGAGGUAUUUACAAUGUUAAUCUGGGCAUUGAAGGCUUCUACGAGCCAGCUGUAAGGCACUGUCAUCACUCAUGUCAAGCUUGUACAAAUUCCAUCAUUGACAAGUUGCAGAUCUUGAAUAAUUGCCUAUUAUUUACUCUUUGAAAAUAAAUGCAGCAAGCAAAUUCC